ACGUUAUCAGAGCAGCAUCAAAUUCAAAUCCGGGUAGUAACGUUGACGCCUUCCCUAAAUACGCUUUUGCUUCCCGUUUGACAUUCUCUUCUCGGACCGCCGAGGCCCAUGCACCGCAAGCUCCCGCCAUUGCCUCACUUGGCACUCCGGUCCUCCUCCACCUCAUCCUCCGCUUCGCCGCCGCCACCUCGCCGCCUGCCACCUCCCGUGCCACUUCGGGACCUCCUCGCCCACCGCCUCCCGCCUCCGCAAACCCCGCCUUCUCGCUCGCCGCCGCCGGUGCACCCUCACGCCGGCCUCCUCCUCCCUCGCCGCGGCGAAGAAGCCGCCCCGGAGAGACUCCACCUCGAGCUCGUAAAGCGAGGGCUCACCCAUGACCUCUUCCUCUCCAACCAUCUCGUCAACUUGUACGCCAAGGGCUCGCGUCUGGCCGCCGCGCGGCAGGUGUUCGACGGUAUGCUGGAACGGAAUGCCGUUUCCUGGACCUGCCUGGUAUCGGGAUACGUGCUUUCUGGGAUCACAGACGAGGCCUUCCGGGUGUUCAAGGCAAUGUUGUGGGAGGGUUCCGAGUUCAGCAGGCCCACACCAUUUACAUUCGGGAGCGUGCUCCGUGCAUGCCAGGAUGCCGGUCCAGACCUAUUGGCCUUCGCGGUGCAGGUGCAUGGGUUGGUCUCGAAGACUAUUUAUGCAUCCAAUACGACGGUUUGCAAUGCUCUGAUCUCGAUGUAUGGUAAUUGCUCAGUUGGUCUGCCGCUGCAGGCGCAGCAGGUAUUUGAUACCACACCAGUCAGGGAUCUCAUCACAUGGAACGCCUUGAUGUCUGUGUAUGCUAAGAAAGGAUAUGUGGUUUCGACAUUUACCUUGUUCAUGGCAAUGCUGCAUGAUGACUCUGCAAUUGAGUUGAGGCCAAAUGAGCAUACUUUUGGGAGCUUGAUCACUGCAACAUCUCUAUCCUCAUGCAGUUCAGGAGUGCUUGAUCAAGUGUUCGCGAGGGUGCUCAAAUCUGGCAGCUCAAGUGACCUCUAUGUGGGGAGUGCUCUAGUUAGUGCAUUUGCGAGACAUGGCAUGCUUGAUGAAGCUAAGGACAUUUUUAUCAAUUUGAAAGAGAGAAAUGCAGUUACCUUGAAUGGUUUGAUAGUUGGCUUGGUCAAGCAGCACUGCAGUGAAGAAGCAGUGGGGAUUUUCAUGGGUACCAGGGAUUCCUUUGUUGUCAAUACAGACACAUUUGUUGUAUUGCUCAGUGCGGUAGCUGAGUUUUCUAUACCAGAAGAUGGGUUGAUGAGAGGGAGGGAAGUCCAUGGACAUAUUCUUAGGACUGGACUUAUCGAUUUGAAAAUUGCUCUGAGUAAUGGUCUGGUUAAUAUGUAUGCCAAAUGCGGUGCCAUUGAUAAAGCCUCUAGAGUUUUCAGGUUGCUGUGUGCUAGGGAUCGGGUAUCAUGGAACACCAUUAUUUCAGUUCUUGAUCAGAAUGGUUUCUGUGAAGGAGCAAUGAUGAAUUACUGUAUGAUGAGACAAGGUUGCAUAAGUCCAUCAAACUUUGCAGCAAUUAGUGGCUUGAGUUCAUGUGCAAGUUUGAGACUUUUGACUGCAGGCCAGCAAGUGCAUUGUGAUGCUGUAAAGUGGGGACUGGAUUUAGAUACCUCUGUUUCAAAUGCACUGGUUAAAAUGUAUGGAGACUGCGGAGCUAGAUCUGAGUCCUGGGAGAUUUUCAACUCUAUGGCUGAGCAUGAUAUAGUCUCCUGGAAUUCUAUCAUGGGUGUCAUGGUCAGUUCGCACGCACCUACUGCUGAAUCUGUAGAAGUUUUCUCCAAUAUGAUGAGGAGUGGUUUAACCCCGAAUAAGGUGACCUUUGUUAACUUAUUGUCUGCUUUGUCUCCGUUAUCUGUUCUUGAAUUGGGAAAGCAGGUUCAUGCUGUGGUGCUGAAGCAUGGAGCUAUAGAAGAUAAUGCAGUAGAUAAUGCGCUGAUGUCAUGUUAUGCUAAGUCGGGAGACAUGGACUCUUGUGAGCAGUUGUUUUCUAGUAUGUCUGGCAGAAGGGAUGCUGUCUCAUGGAAUUCCAUGAUUUCAGGGUAUAUCUAUAACGGCCAUCUGCAGGAGACUAUGGACUGUGUUUGGCUUAUGAUGCACAGUAACCAAAUGCUGGAUUGCUGCACCUUCUCCAUUGUACUGAAUGCAUGUGCCUCUGUGGCAGCAUUGGAGCGUGGAAUGGAGAUGCAUGCUUUUGGUAUUAGGUCACAGUUGGAAUCAGACGUCGUCGUUGAGAGUGCUCUUCUUGAUAUGUACUCCAAGUGUGGAAGGAUAGAUUAUGCUUCAAAGGUGUUCAAUUCCAUGAGUCAGAAAAAUGAGUUUUCAUGGAACUCUAUGAUUUCUGGUUAUGCGAGACAUGGUCUUGGAGAGAAAGCUUUGGAGAUCUUUGAAGAAAUGCAGCGAAAUGGAGCCUGUCCAGAUCAUGUCACAUUUGUCAGUGUUCUAUCUGCAUGUAGUCAUGCUGGAUUGGUAGAUAGAGGUCUAGAUUACUUUGAAAUGAUGGAGGACCAUGGUAUACUACCUCAUAUUGAGCAUUAUUCCUGUGUUAUAGACCUUCUUGGUCGAGCUGGUAAGCUCCUCAAGAUACAAGAGUACAUAAACAGAAUGCCAAUGAAACCAAAUACUCUAAUAUGGAGGACUGUAUUAGUUGCCUGUCGACAAUCAAAGGACGGGGACAGGAUAGAUCUGGGGAAAGAAGCUUCAAGGAUGCUUUUGGAAUUAGAACCUCAAAAUCCUGUGAACUAUGUUCUUGCAUCUAACUUUUAUGCAGCAACUGGAAGGUGGGAAGAUACAGCCAAAGCACGAGCUGCAAUGGGUGGAGCAGCAAUGAAAAAGGAGGCUGGUCAGAGUUGGGUAACGCUUGGUGAUGGAGUUCAUACCUUCAUUGCUGGAGACAGAUCACAUCCGAACACCAAAGAAAUAUAUGAAAAGCUGAAUUUUUUGAUUCAGAAGAUAAAGAAUGCAGGUUAUGUUCCGAUGACGGAGUUCGCCUUGUAUGAUCUUGAAGAAGAGAACAAAGAGGAAUUGCUAAGCUAUCAUAGUGAAAAGCUUGCAGUUGCCUUUGUUUUGACUCGCUCCUCAUCAGAUGUCCCCAUAAGAAUCAUGAAGAACCUUCGGGUUUGUGGAGAUUGUCACACAGCUUUUAGAUACAUAUCUCAGAUUGUUUGCCGGCAAAUCAUUUUAAGGGAUUCCAUCCGAUUUCAUCAUUUUGAGGAUGGAAAGUGUUCUUGUGGGGAUUACUGGUAGCUUUUUUGUAAGGUUAUCAUUGCUAAAAUACAGGUAAUCUGUAUACAGAUCCAGUACCAUGCAUUUACCAUUCCAUUGCUUCGCUACUGGCAACUAAUAUUCCGUUCCUCCUGUCCCAUUUGAUUUUCAAAAAAAUCACCAACCUUGCAAGUUGUGCAUUAUACUUGGUUUUUAAUUCAUAUAUUGGCGUCUAACAUGCAUAUUGACACAAUUGAUAUGGUAUGCUGUUAUGUGAAGACUCACAUGUAGGUUAGGUUUAGCAAUUUUGGUGUAAGUUUCUGUUGAUCUGUUAGGACACUUCACAGAAGGUGUGAUGCAUUCUGAAUAGAUAGUUUUGUUCCACAUUGAAUAAAUAUUUCAUAUAGCUCAUUUGGUGCCCGAGCCACCAGUGUGGCAGUUUGUAAGCCUGAUUAUAUACUUAAUAAUGUGAUUGUAGGAAGAAAUAUUGAUUUAUCUUUAUUAAAGUAUAUGGACUGACUAACUUAUUAAAGUAUGUGGACUGACUAACUCAUGUCACUCAAACUACAUGAGUUGUUCUUCAGCAGAAAAGCUAAAUUGUGAUUGAAACCUUGUAAUUGUGCAUUUAUUUCAGACAAGAUUUUACCAUGUAUAUACAUCCUAAUCAAAUAUUCAAUUUAUUCUCUGUGAGCAAAUCCAUGUACAUAAACAAAGAAGAAAGCUGGAAAGUAGAUUUUGCAUUCAUCAAAACUGACAGGACAGCACGAAUGAAGCCAAGGAUAUACCAAUCUGCAAGAUUGAUUUUUCUAUAUGUUGGAUAAAAGAUUAUAGAUUAUACUUCAGACAUAUACAUAACAACAACGC